AGCGGAAUAAAAAAUGAAAAUAAAGUACUUGCUGAUGUUAUGUAUGUGCUUUGUUGGGUCUCUGGCGUACAAGCCAGUUGUAAUACUCCAUGGCAUAUUAUCAGGCGCAGAAUCUAUGACAGUUUUGGUGCGACAUAUCGAGAAAUUGCAUCCGGGUACAGUUGUGUACAACUGCGAUAAGUUCAGCGGUUGGUCCAGCCUGGAGAAUGCCUGGUGGCAAGUCGAACAGAUAAAGGAAUAUAUAGAUAAAAUUGGAAAAUUGCAUACGGAAGGCAUAAUUGUUUUAGGCUACUCUCAAGGUGGGAUCUUGGCGAGGGCGGCAAUACAAAGUCUUCCCAACCACAAUGUAAAAACCUUUAUAUCGCUAUCUUCACCCCAAGCUGGACAAUAUGGAACUAGUUUCUUGCACUUAAUUUUCCCGGAUCUUGCGGCAAAGACUGCAUUUGAACUAUUUUACUCUCGCGUGGGUCAACACACGUCUGUGGGUGGGUACUGGAACGAUCCGCACAAACAAGCCCUAUAUAUGAAAUAUAGCGAAUUCUUACCAUUGAUAAACAAUGAGAAGCUUAGCUCCAAUUCAACAUCGUUCAAAAUGGGAAUGGUUCGGCUGAAUAAGCUUGUACUAAUUGGAGGACCCAAUGAUGGUGUUAUUACACCAUGGCAAUCUAGUCAUUUUAGUUACUUUAAUGAAUCAUUGGAUGUGGUUCCAUUUUACAAACGGGAAAUCUACAUGAAUGACUCAAUCGGACUGAAAACUUUGCUGGAAGCUGAAAAACUAAUAAUCAUUGUAAAGCCAUUCGUACACCAUCUUUCAUGGCAUUCGAACAAGCGAGUUAUCAAUCAAGUCAUAAUGCCAUAUUUGGAUUGAACAAAUUCAUCAUUUAGUGAGUAGAAGCAGGCUGUGAUUCGAACGGAAUGGAACAGAAUGGGUAAACAUAUAAUUUUGAACUGAUUUGCAUAAGGGUAAUCGAAAAUAUACAGGAGUAUAUGUCACUCAAGCUAUAUACUAUUUAAUAAUAGGGAUUUUUAUUUUUAUAGAAGAGGAAAUAAGGCUAUUCUCAAGGGAUGUAACAAUACAAAGUAAAUAAUCUACUUUUAAUAUAGUUCAAUUGUUCGGUCGAAAUACUAUUUUUAUUUUA